AUGUCCAGGCCCAGCGCUUCCGUGAACAUGGCCGAACACCCCGAAAUCCAAUCCGCUUUGCGAGAGCUGGACAAGGAAUUGGAGGAGGGCGACAUUACGGAGAAAGGGUAUCAAAAACGACGCACCCUUAUCCUAUCCCAGUUCUUUGGGCCUAACAUGGCCCUCGAUUUCAAUACUUCCAGCACAGGGGCCCCAUCUUCAACUUUUUCCAGCGCAAGCAAUGUUCCACAAGCAGUUCUUAAUGUCCGACCGCCAACGGCGGAGUCUACCGGUCAAGAUUUGAAUUCACAAUCGCCCCUCCCUAGUGAUCGUGGUAAUCUGCAGGGCAGCGGAAGCUUCGAUCACGAUCGGAGGGUGAGUCAGGUGUCCACUGAUUGUGAUAGCGCAUAUCUUCAGAGUCUUGAUCGAUUUCCGUCGUCCCCCUCUUACGACUCUCUUUUCCUCCCGAAACCACAACCAGCCGCUGCCGGACUGGAGGACUCCAGGACUGCAACGCUCAUGAGCCAAAAUUAUGCGUUCAACCCUGGCAUCCAACAUGAUAACAUGGAGGAAUCUACUGGGGGUUAUGAAGAUUAUGAGGACAAUGACAUAACACCAGGCAUAGUCACACAACAGUCGACCAUGCUCGACUCUCAACAAGGAUACUUCUCAGACUUUGCAGGGCAGCAGCAAGAUGAUUAUAGAGAUAGCUAUGGUGGUGGCGACGGUGGGUUUCAUCGGUAUUCUCAGUCGGAUACAUUCUCGCCAACUGCAAACAUGGCGCCACCACUGAUCCCUGCUUCAGAGCUUCCUCAUGGUCCAACUAUCAACCAUCUGACUCCCUUAGAACCUCGUGAGAUUCCGUUCGCUGUCAAUGACCCACAUGAUAAGAAUACGCCAAUGUCUAACUUUGACAACCUCCCUACUGUUCUGCGAUACCGUGCUCGGGUGCAUGCGAAACAGGCCGCUUACUGGGUGUUAGAUCAAAAAGGCAAGGAAAUUGCCUCCAUAACUUGGGAUAAGCUUGCAAGCCGUGCCGAGAAGGUGGCACAGGUCAUCCGUGAUAAAAGUAACCUUUACCGUGGUGACCGCGUGGCUUUGAUUUAUCGAGACUCCGAGAUCAUUGAAUUUGCCGUCGCUCUUAUGGGCUGUUUCAUCGCCGGGGUUGUCGCUGUCCCAAUCAAUAGCUUGGAGGACUAUCAGAGCCUUAAUUUGGUUCUUACUUCAACCCAAGCACAUCUUGCGCUGACGACCGAGAACAAUCUUAAGAACUUCCAAAGGGAUAUUACCACGCAGAAACUCAAUUGGCCGAGAGGAGUGGAGUGGUGGAAGACCAACGAAUUUGGCAGUUACCAUCCGAAGAGGAAAGAUGAUACGCCACCCUUGGUUGUCCCAGACUUAGCCUAUAUUGAGUUUGCACGAGCUCCCACAGGCGACUUGCGUGGUGUCGUCAUGAGCCAUCGAACUAUUAUGCACCAAAUGGCUUGUUUGAGUGCGGUGGUCUCGACUGUUCCUAAUUCUUCAGGUUCUUCCAGACCGCGUGGCGAAACCCUCAUUAGCUAUCUGGAUCCUAGGCAAGGCAUCGGCAUGAUCCUAGGUAUUCUUCUUACAGUAUAUGGCGGCCACACUUCAGUUUGGCUUGAAGAUCGAGCAGUCGAAACUCCAGGACUUUAUGCCCAUUUGAUCACGAAAUACAGAGCGACACUCAUGGCUGCAGACUAUCCUGGAUUAAAGAUCGCUGCCUACAACUACCAGCAAGACCCCAUGGCUACUCGACAUUACAAAAAGAACUCCGAGCCCAAUUUUGGGAGUGUAAAGCUUUGCCUAAUAGACUCUCUCACGGUCGACGCUGAGUUCCACGAAAUUCUCGCGGAUAGGUGGCUAAGGCCCAUGAGAAACCCCAGAGCUAGAGAGAUUGUUGCUCCAAUGCUAUGUUUACCGGAACAUGGUGGUAUGGUAAUCAGCGUCCGAGAUUGGCUUGGCGGUGAAGAACGUAUGGGUUGUCCUUUGACCCAUGAAAUGGAUCCAAAUGAGCGCGAGGAUUCGAAGAAAGAGGAAAAGCAAUCUGAAAAGUCUCACAAUAGUGGAUUCGGAAGCAGUCUCUUGGGGGGUGGGUCACUGGCACCCGCCCCCAAGGAGCACUCAAAGAAUGAGCUUGGAGAGGUACUCCUUGACAAAGAAUCUCUGAAAAGCAACGAGGUCGUAGUCUUGGCUAUGGGUGAGGAUGCUAGAAAGUUUGCUGGGACCAUCCCAAAUGCUGUGCGCGUCGGUUCGUUCGGGUUCCCUAUCCCAGAUGCAACUCUUGCUGUUGUGGACCCUGAGACCAAUCUAUUAUGCACCCCCAAUGUGAUUGGCGAGAUUUGGGUUGACUCUCCCUCUCUCUCUGGAGGAUUCUGGGCAUUACCAAAACAUACAGAUGCAAUCUUCCAUGCACGACCUUACAAGUUUGAAGAUGCCAAUCCAACUCCUGUUUUAGUCGAGCCAGAGUUUUUGCGAACUGGCCUUCUUGGCUGUGUGAUUGAGGGAAAGGUAUUUGUGCUGGGCCUUUAUGAGGACCGUCUUCGCCAGAAAGUUGAGUGGGUCGAGCAUGGACAGGAGAAUGCUGAACAUCGUUAUUUCUUUGUCCAACAUUUGAUCGUCAGUAUAUUGAAGAACGUGCCUAAGAUACAUGACUGCACCGCCUUCGAUGUUUUUGUCAACGAAGAGCAUCUCCCGAUUGUUGUUCUAGAAUCCUAUGCAGCAUCAACAGCACCCACGACCUCGGGUGGUCCUCCACGGCAGUUGGAUUCCGUUCUUCUCGAAUCACUGGCAGAGAGGUGUAUGGAGGUGUUAUAUCAAGAACACCAUCUGCGGGUCUACUGCGUCCUACUCACUGCUCCCAAUACUCUUCCUCGUGUUACCAAAAACGGGAGACAAGAGAUUGGUAAUAUGCUUUGUCGCAAAGACUUUGAUGCCGGUGCCCUGCCUUGUGUGCACGUCAAGUUUGGCGUUGAGAGGUCGGUAAUGAAUCUUCCAGUGGGCGUCGACCCGGUUGGGGGCAUCUGGUCUCCCCUGGCCUUAAUGUCGAGACAGGAGAUGCUUGCUAUUCAGGAGAAGCAGUAUUCGGGUGUGGAUUAUCGUGAAGUGGUCAUGGAUGAUCGUACGUCCACGCCCUUAAACAACUUCUCAACUAUUGUAGACGUUCUCCAAUGGCGUGUAUCUCGACAAGCGGAGGAGCUGGCCUUCUGCUCUAUUGACGGCCGUGGAAAGGAAGGGAAAGGCAUUACAUGGAAGAAAUUCGACUUGAAAGUUUCUGCCGUUGCGACCUACCUACGAAACAAAGUCAAGGUCCGCCCAGGCGAUCACUUGGUUUUAAUGUAUACCCACUCGGAAGACUAUGUCUACGCAGUUCAUGCCUGCUUCUGUCUAGGGGUGGUUGUGAUCCCAUUGCCACCUAUAGAUCAAAACCGCCUUUCAGAAGAUGCGCCUGCUUUUCUGCAUGUCAUCAAUGAUUUCCAUGUGAAGGCGAUCAUUGUCAACAGCGAUGUAGACCAUGUUAUGCGACAAAAGCUUGUUUCACAGCACAUCAAGCAAUCUGCCCAGGUCCUUCGGAUAGGUGUCCCGGCUAUUUACAAUACCACCAAGCCCUCAAAGCAGUCUCAUGGCUGCCGGGAAAUGGGCUAUACGGCAAAGGACACAUGGCUGCAAAACAAGCACCCUGCUUUGAUCUGGACGUAUUGGACGCCCGAUCAAAGAAGGAUAUCCGUCCACAUCGGCCAUGAUACGAUCAUGGGGAUGUGCAAAGUGCAAAAGGAGACCUGCCAGAUGACCAGUUCGAGACCAGUACUAGGUAGUGUGCGUAGCACUCUAGGCCUCGGCUUCCUUCACACAUGCUUGAUGGGAAUAUAUGCCGGGGCACCGACAUACCUUGUAUCACCUGUUGAUUUUGCGCAAAAUCCUAUGACACUCUUCGUCGCUCUUUCGCGGUAUAAAAUCAAGGAUACUUAUGCCACUAGCCAGAUGUUGGACUAUGCCAUGACUGCAAUGGCCGCAAAAGGCUUCCAGCUCCAAGAACUCAAGAACUUGAUGAUUUCCGCCGAGGGGCGACCACGUGUCGAUAUUUAUCAAAAGGUCCGCUUGCAUUUUGCUUCGGCUAGUUUGGACCGCACCGCAAUCAAUAUUGUGUAUUCUCACGUUCUCAAUCCCAUGGUUGCUACGAGAUCAUAUAUGUGCAUUGAGCCAGUCGAACUCUGGCUUGAUCUUCGAUCUUUACGCCGCGGGCUCGUCUAUCCCGUAGACCCAGAUACGGACCCCACAGCCCUUGGUGUCCAAGAUUCUGGAAUGGUCCCAGUAAAUACUCAAAUAGCGAUAGUGAACCCAGAGACUUGCACCUUAUGCCAUGUUGGAGAAUAUGGAGAGAUCUGGGUCCAGUCUGAUGCUUGUGCCAAAUCAUUCUAUGGCUCUAAACAGGAAUUCGAUCAGGAGCGUUUCAAUGGCCGAAUAAUGGACGGAGAUCCCAGUGUUGCUUACGUGCGAACGGGUGAUCUGGGCUUCCUCCAUUCAGUUACCCGACCGAUUGGACCGGGAGGUCAGCCGGUAGAAAUGCAGGUACUGUUUGUGCUUGGAGGAAUUGGGGAAACUUUUGAAGUCAAUGGACUCAAUCACUUUCCUAUGGAUAUUGAGAACUCCGUUGAAAGAUGCCACCGAAAUAUCGUAUCCGGUGGAUGUGCUGUCUUUCAAGCGGGUGGUCUGAUCGUCGUCGUCGUUGAGGUAACAAGAAAGGCUUAUUUGGCAUCUCUCGUGCCCGUUAUAGUUGACUCCAUCCUCAAUGAGCACCAAGUCGUUGCUGACAUCGUGGCCUUCGUUUCGCAAGGAGACUUCCCUCGGUCUCGCUUAGGUGAGAAGCAGCGUGGUAAGGUUCUGGCAACCUGGAUUACCAGAAAGCUGCGAACGAUUGCCCAAUUUAGCAUUCGUGACAUGGAGGGAUCUGAGAACCCCUAUGCGGACGGGCCACAGCAUCGCGUCAGCAGAAGCUCUAAGCCAGGAAGCGUGAUGGGCAAUAGCACUCGACGAUCUACUGUGGUUCCGGAGAAUGACGUGCCCGCUGUUCCUCGGUCCCCUGCUCCAGCACUAGCAGAACAUCCGGAGGUAACCAUUGACUCGUACCAGGCCGUUCAGGACCCGGGUGAUGGAUCGAUGCUCAACAGUCCCAUUGCCGUGCCUGAAUCGGCGCCCUCUAUUCCGCAGAUCGCGGAACCAAUGCGGCCAGCAACCUCUUCCAGCACGGGAAACGUACCAACGCCAAAUGAUGUUCCCGUAGCAAUCGGAAAUCCGGAUUUCGGCUUCGAUUUCGGUGAUUUCGCCCACUCAACCUCUACGGCGCCUCCAUUGGCCGGAUCCAACGGCCCUGUUGCUGUGACUGAAGCUCUACCUUACAGGCCUGCCACGGAGCAAGGAUCAAUUUCUGGCCAACAGCAAUCUAGUGCAAAGCCACGACCGUUCUCGUACGAGCAGCCACUGGACGAUGUCACUGGAGGAUGGCCCCAAGAAGCUUUGAUGUACCAGUCGACACUGGGAACAGAUGAUACGCAUGGCCAGAGUGGAAAUAGCUACAAUACGAGUAGCGAAACGAUGAAGCAAGGUCAUUAUGGUUAUUGA